AUGAGCGGUAUUCCUGGCACUGCCGUCGUCCAGGUGACCAAUCUGUCAUCGGUGGUGAGCAGCGACCAGAUGCGCACUCUCUUCGGCUUCCUAGGGGACAUCGAGGAGCUACGGCUCUACCCGCCCGACAACACCACCCUGUCCUUCUCUUCCAAAGUGUGCUAUAUCAAGUUUAAAGAACCUUCCAGUGUUGGUGUGGCGCAGCAUCUCACCAACACCGUUUUUAUUGACAGAGCUCUCAUAGUGGUACCAUGUGCCGAAGGGAAGAUUCCGGAAGAGGCUAAAGCCUUGUCACUUUUGGCACCCGCUCCCCCCGUGCACAGCCUGCUCCCAGGUGGGGGGCUACUCCCUAUCCCCACGCCCAUCCCGCUACAGAACUUAAACCUGCCCCUGAUGGGUCACGUGACUACAUCUGCCCUGGACCCUGCUCCAUCCUCUGUCUCACAGCCCCCCCUCAUGGGGAAUGUGGACCCCACCAAAGUGGAUGAGAUCAGGAGGACGGUCUACGUAGGCAACUUGAACUCACAGACAGCGACGGCAGAGCAGCUAAUGGAGUUCUUCAGGCAAGUGGGUGACGUGAAAUUUGUGCGGAUGGCGGGCGAUGAGACACAGCCGACACGCUUCGCCUUUGUAGAAUUCGUGGAGCAGGACGCCGUUGCCCGGGCGCUCACUUUCAACGGCGUCAUGUUCGGCGAUCGGCCACUCAAGGUGAACCACUCCAACAACGCCAUCGUGAAGCCUCCCGAGAUGACAGCUCAGCAGUUGGAAAGCGUAAUGAAGCGCGUGCGGGAGGCACAGUCCACCAUCGCUGCCGCCAUUGAGCCAGCGGAAAAGGAGAAACGCUAUGCGGGUCACUCGGGGAGAUCUCGCAGACAGUCGCGCUCUCGCUCCCGGUCAGGCUCACGCAAGAAAUCGUCGCGUUCCAAACACGGGCCAACACAAAAGUGGCCGAGGAAUGAUGUGCGCACUUCCCGUAGGGGCCACGGGAGGCGCUCUCGCUCCAGAGAAAGACGGCGAAGCACGAGUCGUUCCAGGAUCCGCCGGCGAAGUCGGGGGCGCUCCAGGAGCCCUCCCAGGAAAGCCAGGUCGCCGUCGCCAAAAAGGAUAAAGAAGCGUCGAGAACGUAGUAGGGAAGCGCGUGAACGUUCUUCAUCUAAGAACAGGAGCCGCAAAGAUGAAGAGCGGCCAAGAGGAAAGAUGCACAAGGUAGGACGAGAUGACGACAGAGAUGACUCUCCCUCCGAGGACACCAGCUCACCCCUCUACACACAGCACAACGGUGUCCACAAUGCGCGCAGCGACGAUUCGUCCAUUUGA